UCUCAUUCUCAUUCACCCAUUACUGCUGUAGCUUCAGGAGUGGCAUUUGGAAUGAUAAAGACUUUGGUGUUGCCGAUCCAGUGAAGUUUCCCACUACAAAGUUUGAAGGGUCUAACCAGUUAAGAUACAAAGAAACAAAGAUGGAUCUCACUAUAACACGCCCUGAUGAUUGGCAUCUUCACCUUCGUGAUGGUGAACUUCUUGAAGCUGUCGUCCCCCACAGUGCAAGUCAUUUUGGGAGGGGAAUAGUGAUGCCUAAUCUGAAGCCCCCUAUCACCACCACUGCUGCAGCUGUGGCUUACCGAGAAUCUAUCUUAAAAGCACUGCCUUCUGGUAGUGAAUUCACUCCUCUUAUGACACUUUAUUUGACGGAUACCACUAGUCCUAAAGAGAUCAAGCUUGCAAGAAAAAGUGGGGUCGUAUUUGCUGUAAAGCUUUACCCUGCUGGUGCUACAACAAAUUCUCAAGAUGGAGUUACAGAUCUUUUCGGAAAAUGCCUACCUGUCCUCGAGGAGAUGGUUGAACAGAAUAUGCCUCUGCUGGUUCAUGGGGAGGUUACAGAUCCUGAGGUUGAUGUAUUUGAUCGUGAAAAGGUAUUUAUUGAAUCUGUUUUACAACCUUUAAUCCAAAGGCUUCCACAGCUGAAGGUCGUCAUGGAGCAUAUAACUACUAUGGAUGCUGUUAAGUUUGUUGAGUCUUGCGAAGAAGGUUCUGUAGCAGCAACAGUUACUCCACAGCAUCUUCUUCUGAACAGAAAUGCUCUAUUUCAAGGAGGAUUACAGCCUCACAACUACUGUCUGCCUGUACUCAAAAGGGAGAUCCACAGACAGGCUAUUGUAUCAGCUGUUACUAGUGGAAACAAAAGAUUUUUUCUUGGAACUGAUAGUGCUCCUCAUGAAAAGCGAAGAAAAGAAUGUCCUUGUGGUUGUGCUGGUAUAUACAGUGCCCCUGUUGCUCUAUCAUUGUAUGCAAAGGUCUUUGAAGAGGCAGGUGCUCUUGACAAGCUAGAGGCAUUUACAAGCUUUAAUGGGCCAGACUUUUAUGGCCUUCCUCGGAAUACAUCAAAAACAAAGCUGAGCAGAACUUCAUGGAAGGUACCAGAGUACUUCUCAUUUCCAUUUGGAGACAUCAUACCGAUGUUUGCAGGAGAAACACUUGAAUGGCAGCCGUCCUUGAACUGAUUCCAAUUUCACAAUAACCGACCUUAUCAUUCACUUCAACUGUUUCAUCUCUCUAGCUAUUAGCACCUUUUUUUGGGUUUAAAUCUUUGCAAUAUUUUUAAUACUGCAUUGCAGUAUUUAAGAAUGUGAAGUUUAAUACUUAAUGUAAAAUGGACAACAUGUUUACAACCUUUGAUGAUCCAUCUUGGAUGUAAAUCUAAGGGUGAGAAAUAUUAUUUUAAAUUUAAGUUGUUUUGUUUUCCACCGUUAGAUUUACAUCAAAUGGUGAUUGACCAUAAUUUUUUUGGUCACUAGGUGACCAUGUG